AUGAUCGAGGGGCAAGAGGUGAAUAAGGUCUUGGUCGAUGGAGGCGCAACUGUGAUCAUCUUACCCAAGACAAUGCUGAAGAGGUUUGGGAAAUCCUUGGCUUAUUUGAAACCUCACAAUAUAAUGAUCUCGGACUACGCAGGAAAAUCUUCGCACCCUGAAGGCAUGAUUCUGCUUGAUGUGCAGAUUGGGAGUGUAAAGAUGACCACCAUGUUUAUAGUGACGCCAUCUAAGGCGAAUUUUAAUGUCUUGCUAGGUCGAGAGUGGAUCCAUGGGGUAGGAGUCGUCCCUUCCACGGUGCAUCAAGAGAUCUUCUUCUGGAACGAUGACGAAGGGUUGGAGGUUCUCGAGGCUGACCAGAGAACAUAUGAAGUUGGAUUUGAAAGAGCAACCAAAGAAGAGCAUAAAUUAGAAUCUCAUGAUCCCCUCGAAGAAAUCAACUUGGGAACUGUUGAGAACAAAAGAGUGACUUAUGUUAGCAAGCUCUUGCAAAAGGACUUUAAGGAGGAAUUAAUUCGAGUAUUGCAUAAUUAUAAGGAUUGCUUUGCAUGGGACUAUGAUGAAAUGCCAGGAUUAGAUCGAGAAUUGGUGGAGCAUAGGUUACCCAUGAUUCCAGGAAAGAAAUCUGUUAAGCAAAACCAUCGAAGGUUCGCUCCUAAAGUAAUCGAGAAAAUCAAAGAAGAAAUUGAAAGAUUAUUGAAAGCAAAGUUCAUUAGAACUUCGAGGUAUGCUGAGUGGAUCUCGAAUAUUGUGUCUGUUAUAAAAAAGAAUGGGAAACUCAGAGUAUGCAUUGAUUUUCGAGACCUCAACACAGCAACCCCAAAGGAUGAGUAUCCAUGCCCAUUGCUGAAACUAUGA